AUGGCCGACGUCGACCCCGCGCAGUCCACCACGCCCCUCGCCGCCUUUUGCUUCAUGACGGGCUACAUCGACGUCAUCUCCUUCUCCGCCAUCUUCGUCUGGUGCGGCUUCCAAACCGGCAACUCCGUCCAGCUCGCCCUCGCCCUCGCCCGCCUCUUCCAAAACACGCCCACAGGCCACGACACCUCCUUCCGCCUCCCCGACCAACAAGCCCUCACCUCCGUCCUCGCCUUCAUCCUCGGCGCCUCCCUCGGCCGCAUCGGCGACCGCCUCGGCCCACGCACCCGCGCCUGGCUCGCACUCGGCACCUUCGUCCAGGCGCUGCUCACCAUGGCCGCCGCCCUCGCGCUGUGGAAGAGCGGCCAGGGCAGCGUCGCGAACGCGCGCGACGACCCCGCGUGGACGGACGUGCGGACGUUUGUGUGUCUGGCGUUCAUCAGCGCUAGUUUGGGCCUGCAGGGCAUCAUGGGCAAGCGCGUCAACACCCAGUUUGCAACCACCAUCGUCCUCACCACCGUCUGGUGCGAGCUCAUGGCCGACCCGCAGCUCCUCCAGCUCCGCCGCCGCAUCAUCAGCCGCGACCACAAGCUGCUCGCCAUCCUCGCGCUCUUCCUCGGCGGCUUCGUCGGCCGCGCGAUCCUCCAGUCCGCGGGCUCCCCCGCCGCGCUCGGCAUCGGCGCGGGCGUGCGCGUCGUCCUCGCGGUCGGGUGGCUCUUCGUGCCGGCGAAGGGGAAGGCGGGCGGGGGGAAGCGGUAGCAGUGAUAGUUGUUGUUGUGGGUUGGGUUUGGGUUUAGGUUUGGUUGUAGACGGCGUCGCGUAUAAUACAUCGGUCGAACGAGACGCGCAGCGAUUUUUUUUUUUU